AUGCGCGGCAUGCGAUCACCCCAAUAUGUGUCUCUGCCGUUGAGCGAGAAGGAGGGUCUGUACUCGGAGAGACGGCGACGCGCCCAACGAGCAAAGGGCUCGUGGGGCCGAGUAGUACAGGUGGUAGGCAGCUUAGCGGUACUCUACGGGGUCUUCAGUGUGUUCCAGCUGUGGACGCGCACGCCCUGCGACACCAUCGACUCGGGCUAUCGCUGCAGCCCCAAGACGAGCCAUUUCUGGGGCCAGUACUCGCUCUGGUACUCGGUGCCGUCUGAAAUCGACGUUGGGCCUCCCAAAGGGUGCGACGUGACUUUUGCAAACGUUCUUUCCCGCCACGGCGGCCGCGACCCGACCUUUGGCAAAUCAAUCGCCUACCAACUCCUCAUCAUCGAAAUUCAGAACACAAGCACAUGGUAUCCGAAAGAAUAUGCCUUUCUCAAGGACUACAAAUACACUCUCGGCAAUGACCAGCUGACAGAUGCUGGGAGGCAGGAGAUGGUCAAUUCUGGUGCCCAUUUCUACCGCCGCUAUUCCAAGCUCGUGGAUGAGAAGAUGCCGUUUGUACGCGCGGGGGGUCAGGAGCGCGUAGUUGAAUCAGCUCAAAAGUGGCUCGUGGGCGUUGCGCAGUCGCUUAAUGACGAACCGCCUGAGAUUGAUCUCGUCAUCCCAGAAGGAACGAGUUGGAACAACACUCUUUCCCACGACACGUGCCCUGCGUUUGAAAGUGGUCCAGAUCACGGGCUAGGCGAUCGGGCUCAGCGCAUUUGGGUCGACAAGUUUGUGCCACCCAUCCAACAACGCAUCAACUCAGCCUUGGGAACGAAUCUCAGCGCGACAUCCACUGUGUACCUCAUGGACAUGUGUCCGUUUGACACUCUCGCCCACCGUUCGGCAAAGAUUUCAAACUUUUGCAAGCUCUUCACUGAGCAAGAAUGGCGCGAAUACGACUACUACCAGACUUUGGGCAAGUAUUACAGCUACAGUGUGGGCAACCCCAUUGGACCGACUCAGGGCGUCGGCUAUGUCAACGAGCUGCUAGCGCGACUGACGGGCAAGCCUGUUCAAGACAACACCAACACCAACCGGACGCUUGAUGCCGACCCCAAGACAUUUCCACUCGACCGCAAUGUGUACGCCGACUUUAGUCAUGACAACGACAUCAGCUCGACAUUGGCUGCGCUUGGUCUCUACAACAAAACAAAGCCGUUGUCCAAUACCUCGAUUGAAGAUACUGAGAAGACUUAUGGUUAUUCUGCGGCAUGGACGGUGCCUUUUGCAGCGCGGCUAUAUGUCGAGAAGCUGCAGUGCAAGCACGAGAAGGAAGAGAUGGUUCGCGUUAUUGUCAAUGACCGGGUGCAGCCUCUGGAAUUCUGCGGCGGUGACAAGUACGGCAGGUGCACACUGACCAGCACUCCUGAUUGA